AUGAACAGACGGCUUUUAUUUGAUAACAGCGGGUCGUCCUCACCCUGCAGAGGCUCUCCAACACCCACAAGAGGUUCCCCAACACUCACCAGAGGUUCCCCAACACCCCGUGGAGGUUCCCCAACUCUCCGCGUUAGCUCUCCAGAAGGAACGCCUCCUUCAACACAGGAAGUUCGCCCAAAAGUCAUUUUGCAUAGGAAUGGUCGGCCAAAAAGCACUGCCAGACAAUUCAUGCACAUGGCUGACCUCGUGUCAGACAAGGGUUACCGUUUGGGUCCAAAAAUCGGGGACGGUACGUACGCGACAGUUCGAGUAGUGGAAAGGGAGCGUGAUGGCACGAUACUUGCAGUGAAAAUUGUGGACACCAACUUACGUCCUAAUACUACAUACGUUAAACACUUCCUACCGACAGAGCUGAGCAUUUCUAUCUGUUUAAGUCACAAAAACGCCAUCAACAUCCAUGAAAUCAUUCAGAGUGAAGGACUCAUUUUCAUCAUCAUGGAUUAUGCUGUGCGCGGUGAUCUACUGACCCAUAUUAGACAAAAUGGCAAUAUGUCGGACACGGAAGCACGCGAAAUGUUCCUAGGAAUCGCCCGUGGAGUAAAGUAUCUCCAUGACAACGAUAUAUCACACCGGGAUAUUAAAUGUGAAAAUAUUUUCCUAAUGAAGGACAAAACUCCUGUGAUCGGGGACUUUGGAUUCGCCAAACGUAUUCGUUUCGUUGACGGAAAACCAUGUCCUAGUACAUCAUACUGUGGCAGCAUGGCAUACGCCUCCCCUCAGUUGUUGCUCAACAAACCGUACGAUCCGAAGAUGAAUGACAUCUGGAGCCUCGGGUGUGUCCUUUAUAUCAUGAUGUGUGCAACCAUGCCUUAUGAUGACAUGGGUUUGUGUAAAAUGCGCAGAAAUGGGGUGAUUGAGAAGGUCAUGUUUCCACUUCAGGUGGUGGACAAGCUACAUCCCGAUUGUAAGGACCUUAUAUAUAACAUGCUUGAAGCUGAAACUGAUCAAAGGCUCUUUAUAGAAGGAGUCCUAGCACAUCCAUGGCUGAGUGAGGUCACGUGA